UAGUGAUACCAAAAUGUAUGAUUUCUUAAAUACAAUGUAUUCACACUACAUGUUUCCUCUGAUCACAAAACCAUCACGUAUUAUCCCAAAUACAGCUACACUUAUCGAUAAUAUUUUUACUAAUUGCUUACACAACGACUUACAGAGUGGUCUGAUUUAUUCUGAUAUAUCAGACCACUUCCCAGUAUGGUGUGUGAACAAUAAACAGAUUAUUGAAUAUGCAAGUGUCAACACCACCCCCAAUGGUAGACUUAUUAAUAAUAAUCAACUUUUACAAUUUAAAUACAAACUCUUGAAUGUUGAUUGGACUCCAGUCCGAAAUACUGUAGAUGCAAACAAAUCAUAUGACUUAUUUAUUCAUAUAUUAUCCAAUUUGUAUAAUGAAUGUUUCCCUAUUGUUCAGAGGCGUAACUCUAAAUUGAAGUGUAAAAGCCCAUGGAUUACAACUGGUAUAUUGAAAUCAAUUCAUGUCAAACAGAAAAAAUCUGUAAGUAAGAGAAAAUAUGUUAAAUAUAAAAACUCACUUACUGCUACUAUAAGAUCUUCUAAAAAGAAAUAUUUUUAUAAUAUGUUUCAUAAGAUAAAAGGGGACAUGAAAAAAACUUGGAGUAAUAUCAAUGGACUUUUAGGGAAAAGGCGUCAAAAUAUUCCUGCGAAAAUGUAUCAUGAAAAUAUUCAUCUGUCCUCACCUCAUAUUAUCUCAAAUUCCUUUAACCAUUAUUUUGUCAAUAUUGCUGAAAAUAUUUCUCAGGAUAUACCUACCUCUUUUCAUAUAUUUCAUGACUUCAUGCCUGUUGAUAAGAGCUUCUCUUCUCUAUUCCUAACACCUACAUCUGUAUAUGAACUUCUAAAAAUUGUUUCUUCUAUGAAAUCAUCUAAAGCAAGUGGGUCUGAUGAUAUGGCCCCCAAAGUUCUUAAGGACUCUAUUCAUUUACUUGUUGAUCAGCUUUGUAUAAUAUCUAAUAAAUCACUAUCACAAGGGAUUAUACCUGACAGACUCAAAGUUUCCAAGAUUAUACCUGUGUACAAAAAGAAAAACCCUCAAAAUUUGGAAAACUACAGACCUAUAUCAUUGUUACCAUUUUUUUCCAAAAUUCUAGAAAGAGUUGUUCAUAAAAGAUUGUAUUCCCACCUUCAAAUUAAUGACAUUCUCAUACCUGAACAAUUUAGUUUCCAAUAUUAAUACGUGCUAAGUAGAUAUAUAAAAUGCAUUAAUUAAUUCUAAUUUUCUUCUCCUAUUUCAUGAGCUCUCUCCACUCCUACAAUUUUCUCUUUCUCUUUGCUUUUCACCAUGCCUACUCAUUCUAAUUUUUUUCUUCUGCAAUACUGACUCCCCCCUCUCUCUUUCUCUUUCUCUUUCUCCUUCUCUCUAUGUAUUCCUUCCCUAUGAUAUUUUACUAUAUCUCAUCUAUCUUAUUGUGUGUGUGUAUGCUAGUGUGUGUAUGCUAGGGUGUUUGUAUGUCUGUGUGUGGACGUGUACCUGUAUCUGUCUAUUUAUAUUAGCUGUUAAGAUGAUCACAAUUUCCUAAUUUAUAUUUAAUUUGCUGUUUUAUCAUUUUCGCAAAUGUUUAGAUAUUUCUGUAACAAAGUUAUAAAUCUUAUAUUGUAUACCGGGGCCCUGCUUACAAGCAACCUGCUUAUUAAGGGUAUCCCUCCAUGUUUAUGUUUAUAUUGUUAUUUUAAUACAAUGUGUCAAUACUAUGUUAUAUUUGUUCUUUUUUUAAAGAUG